UGCGUUGGGUUUUAAUUAAAUUAGAGUCGGUGAGCUGGGAUAGGCUGGGAGUUCUCUCGGUCCAGACUGCAGGAAAUCAGACGUGGACUAUAAACCCGCAGAGACGGACAGACAAACACGCGAAUGAGCAGAAGUCGAUGCGGAAAACGUGAUCAGAUUUUGUGCCGUGGGACUGAACGCUACACUGUAUCUAAAAGUCUGAGAUUGUUGCAACAUGCCACGGCGGACCGUACAAGAAGUAACUGUUCAAGACGUGCAAAAGAGAAGAAACCCCAACAAACACUAUGUUUACAUUAUCAAAGUGGCUUGGUCUGAUGGCAGCACUGAGAUCAUUUUCAGGCGCUACAGUAAAUUUUUCGACCUUCAGAUGGAGCUUCUGGAUAAAUUCCCUGUGGAAGGUGGACAGAAGGAUCCAAAACGCAGAAUCAUUCCCUUUUUACCAGGAAAGAUUCUCUUCAGAAGAAGCCACAUCAGAGACGUGGCCAUGAAACGCCUGAAGCCCAUAAACGAGUACUGUAGGGCCCUGAUCCAGCUGCCAGUGUAUAUCUCCCAAUGUGAGGAGGUUCGCUUGUUCUUUGAGACGCGUCCUGAAGACCUGAACCCACCCAAAGAGGAACCCAGUGGAAAAAAGAAAUCAGGCAUUGUGGAGCGAGCGACUUCUUUCCGAAAGAGAGGAGGAGACUCGUCGUCAGCAGACGCGCUGCUGCUGGAGCAGUACGUGGCCGUCACCGACUACGAGAAGCAGGAGAGCUCUGAGAUCAGUCUGUACGUGGGGCAGGUGGUGGAGGUGAUCGAGAAGAACGAGUCUGGGUGGUGGUUUGUCAGCACUGAGGACGCUCAGGGAUGGGUACCAGCCACAUGUCUGGAAGUUCAGGAUGACCCGGAUGAUUUCUCUCUCCCGGCUGAAGAAGGAGUGUGCCGGAGGUUCUGGUCACUGCCGAGGCACGUUGGUCGCCGGCGUACUUUAGGGGAUCUGUUCAGCACAGGCUUUGGCCAAGAGGAAAAGUACACUGCAAUCUAUCCAUACUCUGCACGCGAUCAAGAUGAAAUCGAUUUGGAGAGAGGCAUGACUGUUGAGGUCAUUCAAAAAAACUUAGAAGGCUGGUGGAAGAUCAGAUGCCAAGGAAAAGAGGGCUGGGCCCCGGCGUCCUACCUGAAGAAGGCUGAUAUCCUCAGUCAGAAGAUGGCUGUGGGCGCUCCAGGUCAUGCCAGCACUAAUGACCUAGAUGUGGCUUCUAAACAGCAGAAUGCUAACAAGGAGAACCAGCGCGACCGAUUUUCACCAUUUUCAGAAAGCAAGUGCAAAGCAGGAGCACGACAGAGACCUCCACCACGCCGGGAUCUUUCAAUACCACGAGGAGUGAAUCUGCCUAAACCUCCAGUGCCCCCACAAGUAGAGGAGGAGUAUUACACCAUAGCUGACUUUCAGACGACCAUCCCAGAUGGUAUUAGCUUCCAGGCAGGAGUGAAAGUUGAAGUCAUUGAGAAGAACUCUAGUGGCUGGUGGUACAUUCAGAUCGAUGAUAAAGAAGGCUGGGCUCCAGUCACAUUCAUUGAUAAAUACAAGAAAACCAGCAAUGCUUCUAGGCCUAACUUUUUGGCCCCGGUUCCUGGUGAGAUGGGUCAACUGAAGCUUGAUGAUCCCUCAAGCAAUAAUACCAACUCUGAGAACAGUUGGUCCAAACCUCUACCAGAUGAACCUUCAUCAAAGUCUGACUUCUCCACCCGUUCCAAGCUGAGAGAAUGGAAGCCCAAUGCAGUUAAAGGCAGCUCCCAUUUUUCAGGGCCCUUACCUCCUCCUCCAUCCUCACCCACGGCUGAAGAGAAGCCAGCUUUACCGCCAAGGAGAGAAUCUAUCAACAAGAGCCUGGAUUUGGAGGACAAACCCAAACCAGACCUUCCUAAACCUCUCCCACCCAAACCACCAGUCCCAGGAGUCAUUGUCCCAUUGGUGACUCCAAAAGCAGCUCCUCUUAAGCCAGACAAACCCCCAGAGAUAAAGGAGGAGAAGAACAAGCAGCUCUACCUGCGCAAUGAGAUGGGCUUGGAGUGUGGCCACAACAUCUCAGUCAAGGAGGUGAAAAAGUUCAACCUUAAGCCUGUGGCCAAGCAGCCUCCCAAACCCAAAGCGGAUUCGCAAGAAGACAAGCCGUAUCCCGCCAACCCAGCCCCGUUCCUCAAGCCAAAACCAGUGGUUAGACCAAAGCCCCCACCUGCAGCCAAACCAGAGCCAGUGGCCAAGAAUGAGCUGGACAUCACAAACCUUCGGAGUAAGCUUCGUCCAUCUAAACCUCCAGAGUUCGGCAGCAACUCAACUGAUCCCAACCAGCAGAGUGAUCCUCCCCCGAAUAAUGGCAGAACAAACGAAGAGUCAAAGUUCCCCAACAAACUACAAAACGGUCAUGAUUCAUCAGAAACUACUAGACCACCACCAACAACAGCCCCCAAAGAUCCUCCCCAGAGGCCUUCCGUGCUACCUAGAAGACCUCCUCCACCAAAGAAGAUCUCUGAGCUGGCCGGUCCUACAGACAACAGAGCUCCCCAAAAAGACUUGCCGGAGGCCAAGCCAGCCAUCCCUCCUCAAAUCAGACCCCCACCACCCAAAACAAAACCAAAGGAGAAGGAGGAACCCAAGGCAAAAGUACCUGUGCCACCAAAGCCCCACAUUAAGACAGAAAAACCUGCGCCUCCAAGAGACAAACUCCCACCUCUUAUCAAAGAUCCGGCCAAGGAGGAGCUGUACUUAGCCGUGGCGGACUUUGAAGGAGACGAGCAGACAUCUGGCUUUAAAGAGGGCACAGUUUUCGAAGUUCUGGAGAAAAGCAGCAGUGGCUGGUGGUUUUGUAAAAACGUGAGCGAUGGGCCAGUGAUGGAGGGCUGGUUCCCUUCCAAUUACCUGACCAAGAAACCUUAGGUACUCUUGACAUGGCUGCCUAAAGAAAUCUUAUUUAAUUAACAUCCUUUAUUUAUGGAUACCUUUUUUUUAAAUGACAUUCCAUCCUUUGCAAGUUCAAACAGGCCAUAAUAAUUUGUUUGCUUGCUUUUUUGUAACUCUUUUCCCUUUUGGGGAAAAACCAUGUGUGCUUUCAUAUGUUAGCACUGAACAUCAAGGCUCUUGCCUUGAUUCUUAUAUUAAUCAAACAUUAUAUGUAUCGCUAAAGGUUUAAGUGACUAGCAAUAUAUAAAUGACUUUUCGCAGCCUUCAUGAUAUUGUGCCUCAAAAUAUGCAAAGUGCUUUUGCCGUAGAUUAUGCAAAACGUGACGUCUGAGCAGUGUCUAUCAGCAGAUUCGAAAUUCAAUAUUACGCAUACUAUGAAUCCGUAUAAGUAGCAGGCUUGAGCUUACAUGGCAUAGCCUGGAGUACUUGUUAAACUAGCUUCAUUUCAUUUCGAAGCUUUUAGUUUACAAAAAUUAGUCUGCUUUUUUGUUCUAACACUAAAAAUACUUUACGAAUCAUGUUGCUUAUUUAUCUACUUUGAUUUUUGUUUCAGUCUGCACUUUUUUUAUAGACUUUGCGUAGAAGUCUACACUGCAGAACCGAUGAGUAAAGGGAAGGUGCAAAACAAGGAGAAACGGGAAACAAACACAUGGCCUUAAGGUUUACAGAACAGUGGCAUCCAUUUCUAGUUUAAUUUUCACAGUUGAUUUGUCACAUGAAUGUUCUAGUAAACAUUGAUUUUAAAAAGCAGCCCCUUUUGCAGUACCAAUCAUACAUUAGUGAAUAACAGAAUACCUCAGCCAUGAUAUCGUUAUUAUUUUAUAUGUCAGUAUUGCCCUAACAAAGCAUUUUCAUAUCACUGACAAAGGUGCUUAGAUAUUUUACAGUCAUUGUCAGAUGUUUUAACAUUCAUGCUCGACUGGUUUCAAGCAUACAUUUGAUAAACAUGUUUAUUUUUAACACUACAUUUGAAAAUGUGGUUUAUGUUACUGAAAUAUUUCUUGUCUUUUUUGACUAUUUUGUUUUCCAUUCAUUUAUCCGAAAAAGUGUUAAAUAGGUGCCCAGUCUGACCCGACAAUACCAGGAGCACUGCUCAUUUUGCUCUAUGGUCAUCAGCUCCUAGUUGCUAUGAAAUGCAUUCAUACUCCAAUCAACUCGAUCUAUUAAAUAAUGUACAACAAAUGAAAGUGCCUGAGUUUGGCAAGGAUAAUGGAAGGUGUUUGUGAAGUUGAGAAAUUAUUGCAAGAAAAUGAGUAUGAGGAAAAAAGUAUAAUAUGAAGGAUAACAGAGAGAAGAGGGUAAAUAUUCAACAGAAUAUGUUGAAACUCAAACCAGAUAAUAAAAAAAAGAAAGAAACAAAGGCAAGAUGACAUGGGUAACCUGUUUGUUUGUAUUUUUUAAGCAUUUCUGUGAUGUUUUGUCCUUUAGUAUUUCAAGUUUGAUUUUUAACUUUGUCUUAAUGUAAAUCAAAUAAACAUUUCAAAUAGUCAAAA